AUGAGAGCUGAGAAUGUCACCUUUGUCACAGAGUUCAUCUUGGUGGGACUCUCCAACCAUCGCAAGACUCAGAUUCUUCUCUUUGUGGUAUUCUUCCUCAUGUACUCAGCUACUAUUGUGGGGAAUCUGCUGAUCAUAGUACUUGUGUGGACCAACCCAUGCCUCCACACACCCAUGUACUUCUUCCUCACACAUCUUGCUGGCCUGGAGAUCUGUUUUGUCACAUCAACUAUGCCUCAGAUGCUGGCUCACCAGAUAACAGGAAAUGGUGCUAUCUCCUUCACCCGCUGUGUAGCCCAGAUGUAUGCUACCACCUGCCUGGGAUGCAUUGAAUGCCUUCUUCUAGCUGGCAUGGCCUAUGACCGCAGCUUGGCCAUUUGCAGCCCCUUGACAUAUACUGCUGUUAUGAGCAGGAAACACCAGUGGCAGCUCAUCUCAGCUUUCUGGGCAGUUGGGUUUCUCAUUGGUUCAGUCAAUGUGACCUGCACUAUUUCUGUCCCCUUUUGUGGGAGCAACCACAUCAACCACUUCUUCUGUGAGCAGCCAGUUGUAUUUAAAUAUACGUGUAAAGAAACCCGCUACACAGAACCCAUUAUUUUGAUUGCAUCUACAUUGAUCCUUGUGGGUCCCUUUUCAGUUAUCCUAACCUCCUAUGGGUGCAUUCUCUACUCUGUGUUUCGAAUGUCAAGAGUUGGACGACGAAAGGCACUUUCCACUUGUACCUCCCAUCUGCUGGUGGUCUUCCUGUUCUAUGGUACCCUCAUCUUUAUGUGCAUAAGACCUAGUGGGGAUGAAGUUAUUGAUCGUGACAAGCAAACAGCUGUCUUUUACAUAUUGGUCACACCUAUGCUUAAUCCCAUCAUUUAUAGUUUACGGAACAAAGAGAUCCACAAGGCAGUGGCCAAACAAUUGAGAAGAUGA